CUCUUAAGAAACAGUUGGUUGGCAGCAGAAGUCCAGAGCAGGAGCGACCAAACUAACUGCAUUUCGGUAAUGAUGGGUACUAAACUGACUCAACUUUUAAUUUGCUUUUGGAUAAGUUUACCAUUCUGUGUCACGCAAAAAGCCAAAGAAAGGAUACCCCGGCAAAGAGACGCAGAGUUUACUGACAAGUACCAGGCAUGCGUGCAGGGUGUCCCUGGAGUACAGGGCAGAGAUGGGAAUCCAGGGAUAAAUGGCAUUCCAGGAACACCAGGAAUCCCUGGGCGAGACGGGCUUAAAGGCGAGAAAGGAGAGUGUGUGUCGGAGAGGUUUGAGGAACCCUGGAAGCCCAACUUUAAACAGUGUGCUUGGAAUUCAUUAAACUAUGGCAUUGAUCUGGGCAAAAUCGCUGAGUGCACAUUUACCAAGCAACGUUCGGACAGUGCUCUGCGUGUGCUCUUCAGUGGAUCUCUCAGACUCAAGUGUAAGACGGCCUGCUGUCAGCGCUGGUACUUCACCUUUAACGGAGCAGAAUGCACUGGCCCGUUACCCAUAGAAUCCAUCGUUUACUUGGACCAAGGCAGCCCUGAACUCAACUCCACCAUCAACAUCCACAGAACAUCCACAGUGGAGGGGCUCUGUGAGGGCAUUCAUGCUGGUCUGGUGGAUGUCGGGAUAUGGGUGGGUACUUGUGCCGAUUACCCUCGUGGUGAUGCGUCUACAGGAUGGAACUCUGUGUCCAGGGUGAUCAUUGAAGAGCUUCCAAAAUGAGCAUCACCAUGGUCACCAUGGCAACAGAAGACAUCAACAUGUGUUCCUGCCUCAGAAAGGCCUAGAAAUAGAGCAAAUUAAAGCUAAUGGUGUAACACCGAGUCUGUGCAGCUCUCAUGCUGAAUAAGAUUAUGAUUCUCCGGCUCAGUAUUGUGAAAAUUAAGAGGCUUCAGCAUCCUUCUGGUAAAUAUAAAACCGUAGGUACCAUGAUAAUACUAUGGUUCUUUUGGACAACAUAAUGAUUAAAUCCUAUUUGAAAGUGCCUUGUACUAUGUAAAAAUAGUACAUGAAUAAUGAAACAGUAUCAUGUUGUUACCAUAUGAUGUCAUCACUGUAAUACUGCAAUAGUACUCUAUUUAUUUAGGGGGUUUUCUUUUAGUGCCUGGAUUACUAGAACACAACAUAUUUUUGUAUACAUUGUUUUUUUUUAUUACUAAAAAUGUCAGGAUCAUGUGUCAGGAUCAUGUUUCACCUCACAAAUAAAAAUAUAAUGU